AUGAUGUUCGGCGACGUCGAGUGGACCCAGAUCGAUCAGUGUAUCGUGUCUUGGCUCUACACCACCGUCUCCAACGACAUCCUGCACAUCAUCAUCAAGCCCUCCGACACGGCCGCGAACGCAUGGACGGUCAUCGUCGAGCUCUUCCUCGACAACCGUCUACAGCGUGCUAUCUUCGCCAAGCGGGAGUUCCACAACGUUGUCCAAGGCGACCUGUCCGUCACCGCCUUCUGUAGCCGCCUCAAGUGCCUCUCCGACACUCUUCGCGACGUCGGCUCACCGGUCUCCGAUCAGGACAUGCUGCUCGCUCUCAUCAACGGGCUGAACGACGACUUCGGCCAUUGCAUCGCGGCGCUCACCAUCAACCCCGUUGGCCUCACCUUUGCGCGCGCCCGUGGUGCCCUUCUCCAGGAGGAACGCCGCCUCUCCCGUGGCGGUCAUCGCGCCCAGCUGACGGCUCUCAUGGCCGGAUCUUCUCACCCGACGAGUGAUUCUGCGAUGUGA